AUGGGGGAGGGCUGGUAUUUUCUGGACCUGGGCUGGUUCUGCGUCUGCUAUCUGGGAUUAGUCUUCAACAGGUGUUCAACAGAGGGGCCCUUAUACCAGUCAACUCCACCUCAACUCCACCACCUACACCAGUCAACUCCACCUCACCACCACUCCUUACACCAGUCAACUCCACCUCAACUCCACCACCUCACCCUUAUACCAGUCAACUCCACCUCACCUCCACCACCUACACCAGUCAACUCCACCUCACCUCCACCACCUACACCAGUCAACUCCACCUCACCACCACUCCUUACACCAGUCAACUCCACCUCAACUCCACCACCUCACCCUUAUACCAGUCAACUCCACCUCACCUCCACCACCUACACCAGUCAACUCCACCUCACCUCCACCACCUACACCAAUCAACUCCACCUCACCUCCACCACCUCACCCCCUUAUACCAGUCAACUCCACCUCACCACCACCUCACCCUUAUACCAGUCAACUCCACCUCACCUCCACCACCUACACCAGUCAACUCCACCUCACCUCCACCACCUCACCCUUAUACCAGUCAACUCCACCUCACCACCACCUCACCCUUAUACCAGUCAACUCCACCUCACCUCCACCACCUACACCAGUCAACUCCACCUCAACUCCACCACCUCACCCUUAUACCAGUCAACUCCACCUCACCUCCACCACCUACACCAGUCAACUCCACCUCAACUCCACCACCUCACCCUUAUACCAGUCAACUCCACCUCACCACCACCACCUACACCAGUCAACUCCACCUCACCACCACCUCACCCUUAUACCAGUCAACUCCACCUCAACUCCACCACCUACACCAGUCAACUCCACCUCACCACCACUCCUUACACCAGUCAACUCCACCUCACCACCACCACCUCACCCUUAUACCAGUCAACUCCACCUCACCUCCACCACCUCACCCUUAUACCAGUCAACUCCACCUCAACUCCACCACCUCACCCUUAUACCAGUCAACUCCACCUCAACUCCACCACCUACACCAGUCAACUCCACCUCACCUCCACCACCUACACCAGUCAACUCCACCUCAACUCCACCACCUCACCCUUAUACCAGUCAACUCCACCUCAACUCCACCACCUCACCCUUAUACCAGUCAACUCCACCUCACCACCACCACCUCACCCUUAUACCAGUCAACUCCACCUCAACUCCACCACCUCACCCUUACACCAGUCAACUCCACCUCAACUCCACCACCUCACCCUUAUACCAGUCAACUCCACCUCAACUCCACCAUCUACACCCUUAUACCAGUCAACCACCUCACCUCCACCACCUCACCCUUAUACCAGUCAACUCCACCUCACCUCCACCACCUACACCAGUCAACUCCACCUCAACUCCACCUCAACUCCACCUCACCUCCACCAUCUACACCAGUCUAAACAACUUUGCUGCACGUCUGUAGAAUUCUAG